AUGCCGGUAGUGAUAUUUCUUCUCGACAAUUCGGCAUCGAUGAAUCAAAUGACUCAUAUGGGUACAAGUCUGUUUGAUAUAAGUAAAGGAGCAAUCGAACAGUUCUUUAAAAUACGGCAAAGAGAUGCUGCUGCGGCGCGAACAGAUCGAUAUAUGCUAUUAACAUUAGAUGAACCACCGACGAAUGUUAAAGUUGGAUGGAAAGAGCCGAUGACUGUGUUUAACAAUCAAUUGAGAAGUCUUGAAGCUACUGGAUUAACACAAAUGGGUGCUGCUAUUAAACAAGCUUUUGAUCUGCUCAAUCUCAAUCGACAUGCUGCUGACCAUGAUACUUAUGGUUACGGUCGAUUUCCACAUCUACUUGAACCGUCAUUGAUUAUUGUCAUUACAGAUAAACAGAAACUAACAACACCAGCGGGCGUUCAAAAUGAAAUUAAUAUACCAAUGAACACUGGACCUCUUGGAAGCGAAUUAACAAAAGAACCGUUUCGAUGGGAUCAACGUUUGUUUGCCAUUGUUCUGGCUUUGCCAGCUAAUAAUUCAUCGUUAGCUCAAACGGGAAAUCUUGGAAAUACGACAAAUACUGGUCUGGGUGAUGUACCGUCGAAUCAAUUUAUUCCAGCAGCCGUUGAUCAGCCAAUUACUGCUAUGUGUGAUGUAACCGGCGGUCGUUCAUAUUUAAUCACUUCGCAACGUGCUUUAUACCAAUGUUUAGAAUCGCUUGUACAAAAAAUUCAGAUCGGCGUGGUCGUCAACUUAGAUAAAGUGAUAACUGAAAGCGAUACAGAACGAUGUGCGUGGCAUUCAUGUCGAAAAAUGAUUACGAUUCCACGUUCGCUACCGAAGACAGAAAAAACUGAAUAUAAUUGGCCAAUACCAGAAGACUUUUGGCCAUCGCCUGCCAUGGCUACUCUUCCAGCUCGAUCUGCACAUGCUUCAAUCAAAUUCCAAACGAUUCCUUGUCCAACCGGAGGAGAUAAGCUUCCAUUUGAUAAAUAUGAACUGGAACCAUCACCACUAACACAAUAUAUUCUUGAACGACGACAACCGACCAUGGCUUGGCCAGUGUUCGUUCAAGGUUCAUCUCGGGCCGGUCCGAACGAGCUUGGCUCGCCAUUUGGUUAUCUGAAAGCGAGUUCAAAUCUAACCACGGUCAACUUGUACAUAAUGCCAUAUAAUUAUCAAGAAUUGUCAACCUUGUUGAAUUCUGUUUUAGAUGAAUUAAAUAAAGUGCAUGGUUCUAAUGUAAGCAAAGCUUGGCAAAAUCGUUUUGAUAGUUAUCUUCGAUCUAUUCCUCCUUAUUAUAUUACACCAUUGAGACGUGUUCUUUCUCGACAAAAACUUCAGUUCGUCUUUGAAUCUUUUGAUAAACAGAAUCCGACGCAAUCGGCUGGCCUUCUUUCACCACAGAUGCUGGGCUAUUUGAAAAAGAUUCGAUUUCAAGCAAAGAAUGAACUGGAACGAUGGCCACCAAUGCUAGAAAAACCACCACCACCAGUUCAUCUUCUUCCCUUACGGGCCGAUCUUUUAUUCGACAAAACAUCUUCGUCAAGUGCAGAUCUUCACGAACCAGGCGAUGAAUCUAUUCACAAUAAUUUUACUUUCCAAUCAAGAAGCAACCCGAAAUCAUCAUUAUCCUUACAAUCAUACCUAAAUGUAUUCGAUAUUCCUCGAGCACAGCUACUUAAUGCUGUUAUAAAACUACGCCGACAUUUAUUACAACCUACGAACUAUUCUAAUAUUCAAGAUGAUGAUGCACUACAUUCUGUUCCGAUUAAAGAAAUGUCGAACUAUGACGAGUAUCCUCGAGCCAAUGGACAAGCACCACCACUGAGAGAAAUCGAUGCUCAACCAGUUCGACAACACGUCUUUGGAAAUCCAUUUAAAGUUAACAAACCAAUCGAUGAAAUCGAUGAAUUAGUCGGAACAGCUACUGUUCCACAACAGCAACAACAGCAACAGCAGCAACUACCAUCACGGAAGCGUUCGCAAUCAGAACUAAGUUCAACAUCUGGCAGUGGAGCAAUGAAGAAGAAACGCACACCGUUAGCCCUUCGGAAUUAUGUUUAUCGGAGAAAUUCAUCACUUAGUGGUGGCAGUAGUGGUCCUUGUAGUCCUGCUACAUCGACGACAAGUACUGAUGAUGAGUUAGAUAUGGAAUCAGUAACCACUAGCAAUUCGUUAAAUCGUUUUUCAUUUGAUGUUCGUUCUGUGUUCGAUGAUGAUCAUCGCCGUCUAGUGAAAAAAUAUCGCGAAACAAAGAAGAAAGCGAAGUUAUUAUUUCGUCGACAAGCAGAUCAAGAAAUUUUAACAUUACUCGAUAGUUUUCUUUCGUCGAAUGAAUCCAAAUUAACUCUAAUUAAUGAAUUAAUAUAUGAAUGUCAAAGAUUGUAUCCGGCAUUUGAACCGCGUCUAGUUCAAUAUAAAAUGACCAUUGUCACUGAUUCGACAGGACAAGACGAUGAGCAACCUUCAUCAUCUUCACCUUCUUCGAUAAUUCUUGAUGAUUAUAUGUGA